AGGGCUCUAGUAGAGGGAUAAAAAAGAACGCAUGGUCUGCCAUCUGCAAUAUCAUUUCGAUCAUUGUCUCAUAACUACCAUAUUCGAGCGGCAGGUCUUUCCUUCUGUUCUAAUCGCGUGGGGGAUUCACGAUGGGUGCGUACAAGUAUAUGCAAGAAUUGUAUCGCAAGAAGCAAAGCGAUGUACUCCGCUUCUUGUUGCGUGUUAGAUGCUGGCAAUAUCGGCAAUUAACAAAAAUGCAUCGUGCUCCAAGACCAUCCAGGCCAGAUAAAGCUCGCCGCUUAGGAUACAAAGCUAAGCAAGGCUUUGUCAUCUUCAGAAUUCGUGUACGUCGCGGUGGACGCAAACGUCCUGUACCUAAAGGUGCAACAUAUGGUAAACCAAAAAGUCAUGGUGUAAAUCAACUUAAACCUACUAGAAAAUUACAGUCUGUGGCUGAAGAACGUGUUGGUCGUCGUUGCGGUGGUUUAAGAGUAUUAAACAGCUAUUGGGUAGCUCAAGAUUCAUCUUACAAAUACUAUGAAGUCAUUUUGAUUGAUCCUGCACAUAAGGCUGUCAGAAAUGAUCCUAAAGUAAACUGGAUAUGUAAUUCAGUACACAAACACCGUGAACUUCGUGGAAAGACCUCAGCUGGUAGGAGUUCACGUGGCUUAGGUAAAGGACAUCGUUAUUCACAAACAAUUGGUGGAUCACGACGAGCUGCAUGGCUUCGAAGAAACUCUCUAUCGCUACGAAGAAAGCGAUAAUUACUUUUUAUUGUUUGCCACCUACAUUGAAAGACACGAUACAUCAUUUUAUUGUAUAUUCGUAUUAUGUCAAUAUAAUGGUGUAUCCUGUGAAAAAUAAAUGUCUCUUUCUUAAA